AUGGAUGGGUUUGAUGAAUCUAAAAUGAAACAACUUCAAUUAUUAAAAGAAAAAAUGAAAACAGCCAAAGCUCAAAAAUCAGAUGAAGUUAAAAAAAAUGAAGAAAUUUUUUCUCAUGAUGUAAAAAAUGUUAGAUCUUUUGAAAGUAAAGAUGUAAGAUUUAAUAAAACAGGCAAAAAAUUUUUUGAUAGUUUUUUUGCAAAUAAAAAAGGACCACAUAUUAAAAACAGAUAUCAAUUUCAACAAUCCAAAAGUAUGAAUUUUCCAUUUAAACAAAAAGGUGGAACACUUAAAUUAACAAACGAAGUAGAUUUAUUUGAUACUCCUUUAUCUUUUGAAGAAGUAAUGAGAAGAAAAAAUGAAAAGAAAAAAUUAGAAUUAGAAAAAAAUAAUCAGAAUAAUACUAAUGAUACAAUAAAUGUGAAACAACUAAGCCUAAAUGAAGUUAAAAAUGAUAAAAAUAUUUCAGAUUCAGUUCAAAGAAGUAAAAGUGAUAAUAAUGUUGAAAAGAAUCAGAAUAAUAGUGAAGUUAUUAAAAAUAAUAUAACAAUUAGUAAUGAAGUUGUUGAAAAUAAUCAUUUGUUAAAUGAUGAGAUUGUUGAAAAUUCUGAAUCAUUAAGUAUUGAUGUUAUAAAAAAUUCACAAUCAUUAAAUAUUGAAAUCUUAAGAAAUUCUCAAUCUCUAAAUAUUGAUACUUUUAAAAAUUAUUUCACACAUAACUUAAAUCAAAAUGAAAAUUUAUUGAAAGAAAAAACUCUUAGCAGUACCUUUCCGUUUUCUCGGAACACUUCAAAUGAAAACUGUAUAAAUAAUUUUAUAGAUAAAAAUGAUAUUAAUAAUACUUUAAAUACUUAUGUUAGUAAAGAAGUGAAAAAUAAUAUCACUAUUUUUUCAGAUAAUAUAAAAAAACUAAACGUUCAAAAUGAUGAAACCGUAAUUAAAAAUGUGAUAAGUAAUAAUAUAAGUAAUAAUCAAUCUAUAAUAACUGAGGAAAAAAAACAAAACAUUCCAAUUUCAGAUGGUUUUAUUUUAAGUGACAUCACUAAAAUAAAUAAAUUUAAUUUUAAUGAAACAAAUAAAACAAAUAAUUUAAAUAAUAACUUAAAUGUUAAUUUGAUGAAAUCAUCUAAUUCUCUUUUAAAUUCCAAUAAUUCAAUAAAUGAUAAUGAUAAAGCUAUUAACCAAAUAAGCAAUAAGUUUAAUAAUAUAAAUAAUUCAAACAUUUUAAAUAAUACAAAUAACUUUAAUAGUACAAAUAAUACAAAUUUAAAUAAUUUAAUUAAUAAAAACGAAAUAAAUAAUAAUUUAAAAAGUUCAAGUGAUAUUUUAAUUAAUUCAAAAGAUGAAAGUAAUAAUAUGAACAGCAGUACAAUAUUUAUGAAUACAAACAACAAAAGUAAUAUAUUUAAUAAUACAAAUAAUAAUACAAAUAAUAAUACAAAUAAUAAUACAAAUAAUAAUACAAAUAAUAAUAAUAAUAUUAAUAAUAAUAAUAUUAAUAAUAAUAAUAUUAAUAAUAAUAAUAUUAAUAAUAAUAAUAAUAAUAAUAACAACGUUUUUAAUAACACAAAUGAUAGUAACAACGUUUUUAAUAACACAAAUGAUAGUAACAACGUUUUUAAUAACACAAAUGAUAGUAACAAACUUUUUAAUGAAACAGGUAAUAGUAGCAACAUUUUUAAUUAUGUAAAUAAUUCUAAUAAUAUUUUUAAUAAUACAAAUAAUAAUAGAAAAUUUUUUAAUAGUAUGAAUAAUAACAAUAAAAAUUUUAAUAAUUUUGGUAAUAAUUUAAACAAUAGAAAUGGUAUUUUUAAUAAUACAAACAAAAAAAUGUCAAAUUUUAGUGAAAAUAUAAUAAACACUAAUAAUGAAUUAAUAAAUGAUAGUUAUACAAACAAAAUAAAUGUGAUAAAUAAUGAAAGCAAUGAUUCCAAUAUUAAAAAUAUCAAUUUAUUGAAAGUAUCUAAUAAUUGUGAAAACAGUUUUUUUAAUAAAAAUUUCUUUAACAAAAAUAUAAAUAGUUCUUUGAAAUAUAAUGAAAUAAGAAAAGAAAAUUCUAAUGAUUUUAAUAAUGAUUUAAAUUCAAGAGUUCUGAAAUUUAAAAACGCAUUGUCAAAUAUAAAAAAUUUGAGAAAUGAUUUUUUAAAAAAAAAUAAACAAGAAAAUAUAACUCCUAAACCUACUAUUGAAAAAACAAAUUUAGAUAAUAUCAGUAACGCUAAUACAGUGAUCAAAAAUGAUAGCAACAAUGAAUUUGUUAAUAAUAGUAUAAAUAAUUCUAAAUUUUCUGAAAAUGUUUCAGAUAAUCAUAUUAAUCACAAUAAUCCUAUUAAAGAUACUACCAAUAUUAAUAAAAAUGAUUUAAAGAUUAAUUUAUCAAAUAGUACUAUAAACAAUUUACAAAAUAAUAUAUAUGAAAAUAAUGAUUUAAACAAAAAAAAUGAAAAUAUCGAUUCUAAUUAUAUUCCUAAUAAAACAGCAAAUUACUUAAAUAAUUUAAACACACCAAUUUUUUCAGAUCAAAAUAAAAACCUUUUAAAAAAUGAAGAUACAAAAUUAUGUUCUUUAAAUAACAAUCAAAAUUUAACAGACUUUAAUUUAAAAGAAAUUUUAAAUAUAAAUAAGAAAAAUAAUUUAUUAAAUGAUAUUGAAACAAGUAAUACCCAUCAACUAACAAAAUGUAGCAACACAAAUAGAGAUAUAUGUCUUAAUAUGAAUAAAAAAAUAAAUGAUUCUUUUAAUAGUAAUAUAAAUAAUAUUAAUGAAAACAUCGAUAAUAACAAUAAUACUGGAAAUAUUAAUAAAAAUUUCAAUAGCAGUAGUAAUGAUAAUAAAAGUAUUAAUAAUAGUGUAAUUAAUAAUUCAAACGAUAAUAUAAAUGGUAUUAAUAAAAAUAUAGAUAAAAAUAUUAGUGAUAACAUAAAUAAUAUUGACAAAAAUAUAAAUAAUAAUAUUAAUAUAAAUAUUAUUAGUAAAAACUUAAAUAAUAUUAAUGAUAAUAGAAAUAAUACUAAUAAAAACAUUAAUAUUAAUAAUGUUGUAAAUGAUGAAAACGAAUUUAAGUCUAAUUCUACCAUAUUUAUUAAUUUAAAUAAGUUAAAUAAUGAAGAUUCUCAAGCACAUUUAAAUAAAGAAGAUAAAAUAUUAAAUAAUAUCAAUGAUGGAAAUAAUAAAAUAAAUAACAUUAAUGUAAAAGAAAUGAUUGAUAACAAUUUAGUUAAUAUAAAAAGUAAUCCAUCUGAUCAAUAUAAGAAUAAAAGUAAUUUAAGUUUAGGUUAUGAAUAUACUAAUAUUAACAAAAAUAAUGAAAGUAAAAUAAACUCUAAUGUAACUAAUCUCUCAUUUAAUAAGUCAUCCGAAAAUAUUGAAUGUAUCCUUAUACCAAAUGAAGAAAAUAAAAAUAUAAAUAAAUUAAAUGAAGAAAAUGAAAAUUUAAAUAAAUUAAAUGAAGAAAAUAAAAAUAUAAAUAAAUUAAAUGAAGAAAAUAAAAAUAUAAAUAAAUUAAAUGAAGAAAAUAAAAAUAUAAAUAAAUUAAAUGAAGAAAAUAAAAAUAUAAAUAAAUUAAAUGAAGAAAAUAAAAAUAUAAAUAAAUUAAAUGAAGAAAAUAAAAAUAUAAAUAAAUUAAAUGAAGAAAAUAAAAAUAUAAAANUAUUAAAUGAAGAAAAUAAAAAUAUAAAUAUAUCAAAUGAAGAAAAUAAAAAUAUAAGUCUAUUAAAUGAAGAAAGCAAAAAUAUAAGUUUAUUAAAUGAAGAAAAUAAAAAUAUAAAUAUAUCAAAUGAAGAAAAUAAAAAUAUAAGUCUAUUAAAUGAAGAAAAUGAGAAUAAAAUAGAUGAAAAUAUGAAUAGUAUUUUUAAUGAAUUCAAAAAAAAAAAAAUAAAUAAUGACAUUUUUGAUAUUUUUCAUGGAAAUUCCAGUGAUAAUUUGUUGAAUGUAAGUUCUGAAAAUUUUGAAAGAAAAGAAGAUUUUGAAAAAUUCAAUCAAAUUUAUAAAAAUAUAAAUUGUAUAAAUAAAAAUAUAAGCUAUAUAAAUAAAUAUGUUCCAUCAACUAUUGAAAAUGUAAAUAACUAUAUAGACGAAAAUAUUAAUUGUAUUGAAAACUAUGAUACUUUAUCUGUAGCAAAUCAAAUUUUUUUAGAUAAAAUAAAAAACUCGAACAAUUCAAUUGAAACAAAUAAUGAAUUAAAAUCAUUGAUUGAAAAUUUGAAUAAAAAAAUUAUGAAAAAUAUUGAUUCCUAUAAUGAAACAAAAAAUAAUGAAAAUAAUAAAAUCAUUCAUAAAUUUUGUAAUGAAACAAAUAGUAAUAUCAAUAAUAGUAAAAUUGAAAUAGAUAACGGAAUUAGUAGUAAUUUAUCAAAAAGUGUAAAUUUUUUAGAAAGUGGAGGAAUAAAUAUAAAUAUGUUAAGUUCUGUUGAAAAAUUAAAAUUAAUAAAUGAAACAUCAAAAGAAGUUUCAAGUAAUGAAGAUAAUGAUAUUAAUGAAAAGAUUCCUGAUCAUGUGCAAAAAAUUAUGCAAAGAAGAGAAUAUUUUAAAACAAAAAACAAAGUACAAAAAAGUAAAAACAAAAGAGUUUUAUUAAAACAAAUUAAACCUUUUGUUUCAUCCGAAUGUAGUGAAUCAUUCAGAAAUACAUUUUAUACAAAUGAAAAUAAUAAAAACAAUAUUUUUUCAUUAAAAAAUUUAAGCAACAUGAAUAUAAUAAAUCAUAUUCCAAGUAAAAAUAGUAAUAAUAAUAACACUCAAAUUUUAAAUCAAGAAGGAGUCAUUUAUACAAAUAAUCAACAUAUAAAAAAUAAUGAGAAUUCUAACAAUUUAUCUAUUUUUCCAUCACUUAACAACGGUGAUAUAAAUAUUUCAGAGAAAAAUAAAAUGGAAAAUAAUGAAACAAAUAUAGAAAAUUAUAAUAAAAAUGAUAAUGUUGUUUUUAGUAACACAAAUAUUAUGCAUGAAAAAGAUUUAAAUGAAAAUAAUAUAAAUGAGUCAGAUAUUAAUAAAGUAAAUUUAAUUUCUGAAGAUAUUACAUGUAAAAAUUUAAAUAAUUCAAAUAAUAAUAAUAUGUUAGAUGAAUCAGAAAGGAGUGAAAUUUUAUUAAAGAUGAAGAAUGAAAUAGAUAAUGAAUCUGAUUUUAUUUCUGACAUUUAUAAAUCUAUAGAUAAAAAUAAUUUUAUUUUCAAUAAUCAAAUAAAUGAAAGUUCAUGGAACAACAAUAGUGAAAUAUUAAAAAAAAGAAAACACAAUUGUAAUAUUAAUACAUGUGAUAAUGAAAUUAUCUUACCUGUUAAUUUAGAAAAUGAAAAUGAAAAUAAUAUGCAGAAAAAAAUAAAAUUAGAAUUAAGUUCAGAAAAUAAUAGAGAAGAAAAGAGCUUAUUAGAAAACCAAAAUGUUCAAAUAUCAUCGGAGGAAAGUAGAUAUAUCCAUAUGUCCAACUACGUAAAUGAUAUAAAAAAUUCUAAAACAUUAUCAGAAAUUUCAGUUACUUUAACUAAAUAUACAUUAGAAAAUGAAAAAAUUCUUUGUGAUAUUGUUAAUGAAAAUUUUAAUAUGUCAGUAAAAAUAUCAUCUUUGAAUGAUUUACCAUUUUUAUUUGAAGAACUUUCUUAA